UUGAGGUCUGGUUUGAGCUUUUUAAUGUAGAGCGCUUCUUUCAGUUUAAGAGAAAAAGGAGAGUUGGCGGUGUCUAAGAUGCGAAAACAUGAAUGGUUGUAUUUUGAUUUGCAAUGUGGUGAAGUGUGAAAGUGUUUAUAAAGGCCUAAUUCCACGGCAGCGAAAUGCGAAAUAGUUCGCGGGAAACUGAUAUAACGCAUGCGCACCCUUGCCAUGAGGCAUUUCUCGGCGAAAAAUUUCUGUUUCGCCAAAGUUGAAAUAGUUUCAACUCUCAAGCGAAAAAAACCAGCGAAACCAAUGAAAUAACUGGUUUGUAAACAAAAUUUAAUAUGGCGUCUCUGGAAAUCAACAUGACUAGUCUUUCGGAAGACACAGCUCUAUUACUUCAUAGCAUAAAUGCCAACGAAACUCCCGAUUUCCAUGAUGAUUUUUGUGAAAUACUUAUUAGCGAAGUUCAGUCUUUGCCAAUUUUAUGGAUGAGAGAAUCCCCUGAUUUCAAACGGUCAGACAAGAAAAGGAUUGUCUGGGCAAAUUUAGCAAAAAAACUUAAUCGCGAUGUUAACUUUCUGAAAAACAAGUGGAAAAAUCUCUGUGAUAGCUUCAAAAAAUGUCUUGACAGAGAAAGAGAUAUGAGCAGGUCAGGUGCAGGUGCUUAUAAGCCACCUCGCUGCAGAUAUUUUAGUCAAUUGGCAUUCCUUCAGGAUACACUAAGUAAUCGCACCACCCAUAGCAACGUUACCAUCCAGUCUGUUGAACCACAACAUUCACAACACCAGUCCCCAUCCUCGUCUACAUCAUCAGAACCUAUUUCUUGUGCAGAAGGUAUUUUAAAUCAAAGCUUCCCAAAUGUUGAACCUCAGGCAACUAUAGUUCAUCGUAAAAGGAAAAAAAAUGAUGACAUGGAUCCUAUUGAUCACUACUUAAUUAAUGCCAUAAAAGAAAAAGAUCAAGGCAGUGAUAAGAAAGAACAUGAAGAUGAAGAUUUCUUUUUUUGUAAAAGUAUUGUGGAUGUGUUGAGAAAGUUCCCAAGAAAAAAAAGUCUGGAAGUAAAAAUAAAAAUUCAACAGAUUCUUCUGGAAGAGAUGGAUGAUGAAUGAGGGAAAUGUGAAUAUUCACUUUGUUUUGUCUGACAGGUUUAUGUUUUGUUUGUAAGUUUUGUUGUGAUGUUUUUAUUUUGAAAAAAAUUUGAAUUCCUUGCAUGAAUCAUGAUCAUUUCCCAUGCAAAUUUUAGGGAUGACAUUAAUGUCUUUUAAAUAAAGUUAUCAUGAUUUGUGGCAA